CUAUCCUACUUGUGCUCCUGAGUGUGUGUGAUGUUAUGCACAAGAAGACUAACUAAUGUAAACCUCGACCUGAUCGACUUCAAAUCAUAUACUCUGCAUGGAUUAAUGCACUUUUAUAUCUGGAACAUACUGUGGAAUUUAAACUGCUUAUUUUUUAUUACGUUUACAGCUUUUAGCCGACGCCCUUAUCCAGAGCCAUGUAUAGAAGAGCUCUGGAGUCUCGAUCAAAAACACGUCCUCAUGCUAGUUUACUAGGUCACGGACUAAGAGUACCAUCGGGAACAUUUCGUGAAAACCAGUCACUUUAUUUUAUAGGCAUUAAUUAAAGAAAAUAAAAAAAAAGAAAGCGAGCUGACACAAACUCUUAAUUUAAGUCUAAUAAAAUGAAUCAUUCAAUUAUGACAAAAGAAAUGGUGGCAUAUAAAUGGAGGACGGGUCUGUCUGCCUGUCUCUGUCUCUCUGCGUAGAGCUGUAAGCCGUAAACAAACGCCUCAAGUGAUGGAGGAUCUAGUGCUCGCUCAUUAUUAUUUUAUUAUAUAUCAUUAUUAAAUAUUUUAUAGAAAAUAACAUCGAUAGCUACUUAUCUCCAGAUAGAGAUUCUGGAGGAAAAACAAUGACGUAAGUUUCCUCACACCUCUAAAUGAAUCCCCAGGUAAUGUCAACAUAAUGAUGGGGUUUACACGCACAGAGCGUAUAAAUGCGAGCCAUCAGGUGUAUACAGAUGCUAAUGAAAGUGUCACACUAUUUGGUGGGGAGAUUUUUUUUUUUUGGCUUGUUUACGCCUGUGAUUUAGAUCAAUGAAUCUGACGGAAUUGAAUCAGUCCAGUCGAUGUGAGCAUUUCUCCUGUCCAGAGAGAUCUGGAUCUCCUGCAGUUUAUAUCUUACUGUACGUGUGUUCAGCUGCUGUGGUUCUUCUAACACUGUGUGGAAAUCUUCUCGUCAUCAUCUCUGUGUGUUACUUCAGGCAGCUUCACACACCGACCAAUAUGCUCGUGCUCUCUCUGGCCACGUCGGAUUUUUUGGUCGGACUUUUCGUGAUGCCGUUCCACUUCACGUGGCUGAUCGAGUCAUGUUGGAUGUUUGGACAGAUUUUUUGCAUCCUAUUUAAUUUUAUGAGUUUUCAGCUCACGAGUGUGUCUGUAGGAAACGUGGUUCUGAUCGCUCUCGAUCGUUACGUGGCUUUAAGCAAUCCGUUUCUGUACCUGAAGGAUGUCACAUCUGCAAUUGUUCACACUCUGAUCUGUUUGUCGUGGGUGUUUUCAUUUCUGUACAACUUUGUGUUUUUUUACGUGAACAGAAAUUUCACAGAUUUAUCGCUGUGUCCCGGUGAAUGUCUGGUCAAUGCUUUUGAUGAAGUCGGCUCGUUAAUCGAUCUCAUGUUCGUCGUUGUCGUUCCUUGUGCUUUAAUGCUCGUUUUGUACUUCCAGGUCUUUGUAAUUGCGAAGAGGCAUGCAAACGCUAUACGAGAACUUCAUCAAAACAUGAGAAACAUCUCCAAAAAUGUCUCGGAUGCUACGAAAUCUGAACGAAAAGCUGCGAAAGUUCUGGGAAUUCUGGUUUUUGUGUUUCUGGCAUGUUUGGUGCCGUAUUACGUCUUCGCCUUAAUGAGCACAGCACCAUCGCACUUCAUGAUCAAUAAUAUUUUAAUUGUUUUUUAUCUGAAUUCAUCCAUUAAUCCUGUAAUCUAUGCCCUGUUUUAUUCCUGGUUCCAGAAGUGCACAAAAAUGAUUUUAACUUGCAAAAUUCUGCACAUGGAUUGUUCUUUUGUAAAUGUGCUCUGAAUAAACAGCUGAAUGAAGAACAAAACCCAGCCUGGUUUACGUUACCUGGUUAUGGCAUCAUUGUACAAAUGCAAAUGGGAAAACAAAUGCUUUAUUUCUUGCCAAUAAUUUUAGUAAUGCUUAAUAUUAAGGUUCCCCUAAACCACUGUUAUUUACUUCAGUAUUAAUAAACUAUAAAUAACGGUAAUAGAUUCUUAAGAAAACGUUCAAAAAAUUGUAGCAAAAAAAGACUAAAUGUUGGUACCUUCCUGAGCUCUCUGCUCCGUGUGUACACAACCUCAGUUCUAAAUUAUAAUAAAUUAUAAUUAAGCCCUGAUUGUUAAUUUUACUCAUUAAUGGGAUAAAAAUGGUGUAUUUAAUUGGUUUAUGUAAUUAAUACAAGUGGUAGUUGUUUUGUUAAUGUUACCAAUGGCUCAUUAAUGGUU